GCAAACGAGAUUUAGUAUAAAAAGAGUUGCUUUUCCAUCGAAAUAAUCAUUCAUUGGAAUAAUCCAGUUUAGAAUUGUUCAUCGAACGGAAUUCUCAUCCUCAACCAAAUCAAAAUGCGUUUCACCAUUGUCUUGGCUCUCUGCUUCAUUGGAGCUGCCUCUGCUAGCUCAUUGAACAAGCGAAGCUUAGUCAAUGAUAUCCAGAACAACACUCAAAAUGCUUUCCACGCUUUUGAACAAUUCGGUCAAAACUUCAAUGAGAAGGUCCAAGAAGCCUUUAAAAACCUAUUCAACGCUUUCGGAAACAACAAGAACCAAACAACUGAAGCUUCAGUCACUGUAACUAAGCGAUCCAGCAACCCAUUCGCACUGUUCGAUGAUCUUGGUAAAGGUGAUUUAGUCGCAUUUGCUCAAGACUUAUUGAAAGUUCUUGCUGAUGUAGCUCCUGGUCGACGAAAGAGAGAUGCUGUUGAAGAUCUUAGAAACUUACUAAGCGAUUUCGUAAACCAGCAUCAAGCUACUGAAGCUUCAGUCAUUGUAACUAAGCGAGACAGCAACCCAUUUGCACUCAUUGAUGAUCUUGCUCAAGGUAAUUUAUUCGCAUUCGCUCAUGACUUGUUGAAAGUCCUCGCUGAAGUAGCUCCUGGUCGACGAAAGAGAGAUGCUGUUGAAGACCUCAAGAAGCUUUCUGAUGAAGCCAAGCAAAACUCUGAAGAAUCUCUCAAGAAGAUCUUUGCCUUCUUCGAACAAUUUAAACCCCAAUCCAGUGAAUCAUCAGAUUCCGUCAUAAAAGCCGAAAGCAACGCUGAAGAAGCUAUCGACAAGCUCUUUUCCCUCAUUGAACAAACUAACUCUGAACCCAAUGAAUUAUCAAAGGCCUUCACCAUGGCAAAGUUCAGUGUUGACGGUGCUCUUUGGAAGUUCAUAACCCUCUUUGAACAAUGCAAACCUCAAUCCAAUGAAUUAUCAACAGCCUUUACUGUUGCCAAGUACAGCGCUGAAGACGCUGUUUGGAAGCUCAUAAGCCUCUUUGGACAAUUGCAAGAUGCCGUCGCCAAGACAUCAUCUUCCAGCCGAGGAAAGCGUGCCCUCAGUCCAUUCGCACUAACCGAAGAUAUUCAAUCAGGUGAUGUCGGCAAGUUUUUUGCAGACCUUAAGCAAGCUCAUCUCGAAUCAGCGUCGUAUGGUAUUGGGAUGGCCGAACGGCAAUGAAUGCAAUUCAAUUCAGUUAAAUGUGUGACACAAUUUCGAUUAAUGAUUGAUCUAAAAUCAAUCAUCUAUAACUCGUGCAGCACGCAUAAAGAUUCUGUAGCUAAUAUUUUUCUGUAACCACUUCUAUCCAUUUGUCAUCUUAAUGAUUCAAUAAAAUAAAUUCAUAUUUGCAA